AUGGAAAAAGAAGGGACUAUUAGCAAGGAUGAAGAUUUCGGGGGUAGCGUAUCGAUAAAUUCGAAGCUUACCCCAAGUGAGCAGGUCGAUGAGCUUGCCAAGGAGUAUGGUAUCAACCAGAAAAAGCUUAUGUGGAAAAUUGAUUUGUGCGUUGUUCCACCAUUUUGCUUUUUAUACUUUUUAUCCUUUUUGGAUAGAGUGAACAUAUCCAAUGCUAAGCUCUACGGGCUUGCGGAAGAUUUGAAUUUGACAGGAAACCAGUAUAACACUGCAUUGACGUUAUUUUUCGUGCCCUAUGUGUUCUUCGAAGUUAUUUCGAACUAUAUUAUAAAGUUUGUGAGUCCACAUAUAUGGUUGAGUGGAUGUAUAUUGAUUUUUGGGGGAGUUUCUAUUGGAAUGGGAUUUGUGACCAAUUUUGGCGGACUUGCAGCCUGUAGAUUCUUUAUUGGGAUGGCUGAAGCUUCGACUUUCCCUAGUUUGUUCUACCUUCUUUCGACUUACUACCACAAAGCGGAGGCUCAAAGGAGAUUUUCAGCUUUCUUUUCGGUGACAUGUUUAGCUGGUGCUGCCAGUGGGGCCAUUGCUUAUAGAAUCAACGAAUUGGAUGGAAAACAUGGAUUGAGCUCAUGGCAAUGGAUUUUUGUCAUUGAUGGGAUCAUCACCUGUGGGGGAGCUAUUAUCCUUUUCUUCACCGUAGCAGAUUUCCCAGAAGAGUCUCGUUUCUUGAGCGAUAACGAGAAGAAAUUCAUCAAGCAGAAGUUGGCCAUUUUCUCGGGAGCUGAAUCUGGUUUCGAAGUUAAGAACAAGUUGUCUGAUGUUGCUAAAUGUUUCAAAGACUACCUAGUAUGGUUACCUGCAUUAGGAUAUUUUGGUUUGAUUAUUCCAUCGUACGGUUACGCAUAUUUUGCAGCCACUAUUAUUAAUCAAAUGGGUUACACAGCUGAAAGUGCAAACCAACACUCAGUCUACCCAUGGUUAGCAGCUUUCGGGUUGAACAAUGUUGUGUCGUUUAUCUCUGAUAGAUGCAGGGUAAGAUUACCUUUCGCACUCGGUUCAUGUGUUUUAGCUAUUAUUGGCUUAGCAUUGAUUUUGGGUGAGAAGUAUGAUCCUCAAGCUCGUUACGCGGGCUGCUUUUUAGCUGCUUCUGGAUUGUACACUGCUAUGCCUUUAUUGGUGUGCUGGUCUUCUUUGAACUUUGGGGGUCACUUAAGAAAGUCCGUGGGUACUGCUUGGCAAAUUGGUUUCGGUAACAUCGGUGGUAUCAUUGCCACCUUUAUAUUUUUAGCAAAAGAUGCCCCAGUGUAUAAACCUGGUUUAAGUGUUUCUCUUGCAGCAGUUGCUUUUGCGAUGGUGAUGAUGGUCGCAUAUUUCUUUGCAGUCUACAGAUUAAACAAAGUUAAAAAAUCAGAUGCCUACAUCGAAAAAUUCAAUGCAUUAGACGAAAGAUCUAGAAUCUUAGAAGGCGAUAAGAGCCCAAACUUCGAAUACUUAUAUUAG